AUGGAUAGCACAGGACUUAAUGAUACCAAAGACUCUGGGUCUAAUCAUGAUGUCUUUAAAAAGAAAUUUACAUCGCUAUCGCGACCCAGACAGCCAUUGAGAGAAGCCAAUGCUAAUCUACCCACACUUCCAUUCAAGUGGAAUAAAAAGCACUCGCUGUCAUAUUCACCACCAAAGGGCAAAGAGGAUAAGAAAUUGUCACCCAAUAAACCUGCCAAUGACACCAGUGUUGUUUCUCCAAUCGCAAAUAAAACAAGGGGGAACGAAUUGCUAUACCAACUUAUAAAUGAACGGGAAACAGAGUUACACCUCGAUGCUAAUAAGCCAAUUGAAGUUAACAGCCAAGUUCCUUCUCAAGAGCUCAAGAAGAAUGAGCAAGAUAAAGUCUUCGUAGACGAAACAAAAUUCUCUGCAUCUGAGAAUCACGACAACACGGCCAGCUUAAGAAAGCGAGAAAGGGGUGUUGAGAAACAAGAAGAAAUAGAGCAGAAUAGGUCGACUGCUAUACGGAGAAAGCUUUCCAAUACGGACAAGGCUUACCAUCAGAUUGCUGCUCCCCUAGAACAAAAAGAUAACGAUACUUCUCGAAACCAACAGAAGUAUAGCAGUUCUACAGAAGUCAAAACUAAGGCACAAAUGAAGGCAACACUUAUUGAACACAAAGAGUCUUCGAGUGCUGCUUCUGAAUCAACCAACAUCGUCAAAGCAAAGGAUCACCUCGUUCAAGCUCGCAUAAACGACCAGGACCAAGCAGGUGCUGGUAUAGAAUCCAAGAAGAAACAGCAUCAGUCUACUGAAAUACCAACAGGCCAGGAGAAAACUAGGAGCUUGAUUGACUCGCAUAACAGCACAGCAAAAAGCAGCAAUAUCCAUUCCAAGAAUUCAGAUAUGAAAGCACCUCUUCAAGUGAUUGAUUCCAAUAAACCCGAUCGUAAGCUGCAGGAUAGAGCAGAUAAAGCCAAACUUGCACAACUGAAUACACAGCACCAGAAAGGAAAUUCGAGGUUAUCAGGGGAGGAGUUGUAUCAAUGGCAACAAUCAUGGAAGAAAAUCAUGAGAGAAUCUGUUGUGUUUUUUGAAGGAACACACGACUUCCAACUGUCUGAAUACAAAAAGGCAGUCAAAUAUUUAAAAUAUGUCGGCUCUGAGAUUGCUCCAUUUUAUCGCACAAAUGUCACCAUAAUAAUAUCCAAGCGUACCUACGAUGACAGGGUGGAAUACCCAUCCAAUGAUAUAUUCUCCAAUGUGCCAAAAUUCAAGACAAAGGUGUGGAGUUAUGAAAAGCUCUUUAGAUUUAUGAAAAACUUGGGAUUGGCUAGUAUUUCCGAUGAUCAACUUUCAACUGGUGCUAAUGCAGCUGCCGCAACAGCAGCUACCAACAACUUGUACAAUUUGCUAAAGGAAGAAAAGUUGUAUGGAGUGGCCGAUAGAGACCCAAGUGCAAGACGCGACGACUUCCAUUAUUUUGGCAAGAAUUAUUUGUACGUUUACGACUUAAGUCAAACCGUACGGCCAAUUGCUAUCAGAGAAUGGGGCAGUGACCACCCUGUAUUGCAUCUAACUUUAGACGGAAAAUGCCCCUUUAUAGAUGAUCUGUCCGAUCAGAACCUGGAGAGGAAGCGAUUGAAAAGAUUUAGAAAGUUUGAAGCCACAAAGGCUCACCGCCAAGCUCUUCGAGCCGCCACUGAUAGAGUCAUUAGUGGUAUAUCGCUUUCAACUGGCCGCUUUAAUGGAACCAGUACAAGCACUGAUAAGGUUGAGGAGUCAUCGAAUGGCGAAGUGGAGUUUAGACAACCAUUGACAAGAAACUCUUCCUGUAUUCAAUCUAAAGCAGUGGACACAAUGGCGUCUGGCUUCAAUGGCGCAUCCAACGCAGUGCAAUUCUCAAUGGAUUCGAACUUGAAUAGCACUGCCGUAGCUGCAGGAAAUGGGUUGGGUCCAUUCCUAUCGCAAGUGCAGUCUAAAAAUUUAAACAACCUCAAGCGCAGGAUCUUUUUAAAACGGAAGACGUCUGAAAGAAGGGAUAAGGAAUCCACCCCCGGUUAUUGUGAGAAUUGUCGUUGCAAAUAUGACAAUUUUGAAGACCACAUUUACAGCAACAGACAUCGCAAUUUUGCGUGUGAUGAUCGCAACUUUGUUGAUAUUGAUGAAUUAAUAGCUACUUUGAAGGAGAGCAACUCCAUGGGUAACAUCACCUCCAAUGGUGAUUACAUAUAG